AUGCCCAGCUCCCUCUGGAAGAGCAAGCUGCUCGCCAGUUACCAGGAGAUCCCUUUCUACCACAUCUGGAGCGGGCUGCAGCCCUUCCUGCACUGCACCUUCACCCUGGAGCGCCUGAGCCCCAGUACCUGCGAGCUGGCCUGCAAGAUCUGGGACACAAGGUUUUCAGACUGGCUGGUCCCUGACAGUGAGGUGGGCGCCCCAGCCCUCGUGGGCCCCAGUGCCUUCAAGAUCCCCUUCCUCAUCCGCCAGAAGAUCAUCAGCAGCCUGGACCCACCAGGCACCCGGGGAGCCGACUGGAGGACACUGGCCCAGAAGCUCAACCUUGACAGCCAUCUCAGCUUCUUCGCCUCAAAGCCCAGCCCCACAGCCAUGAUCCUCAACCUGUGGGAAGCGCGGCACUUCCCUAAUGGCAACCUCUCUCAGCUGGCUGCUGCCGUGGCCGAGGUGGGCAAGCAGGAUGGUACCCUCUUCGCUGUCUCCGAGGCCGAGUGCUGA